AUGCCUGCGCCAUCAACAGUACCUGCGACGGACGAAGAAGAUGGCCAUGGAUCAUCCAGUCAGUGCUGCGCGCCGCUGUCGGCGCUCACGCACCCAGUCGACGUGGGCGAGAUGAGAGACCGCGGCAUGCUCCAAAACGCCUUCUGCCUCCCGCCGCUCUUCGGCCCGCUGCUCUUCGACAACGAGCAGAGCGACUGCCGCGACCACGCCGCCAACGAGCGAACCUUCCUCUCGUACCUGCGGCUCUCCAUCUACAUGUCCAUCGUGGCCGUGGCCAUCGUGCUGUCGUUCCACCUGCGCAAGACGGCGUCUGACAUCGAGCUGCGCAUGGCCAAGCCGCUCGGGGUCGUCUUCUGGGUGCUGUCGGUCAGCUGCCUGGGCGUCGGCAUCGCCAACUACACGAAAACGGUCAACAAGUACAGCCGGCGGGCCGCGCUUGUGCAGAGCGGGUGGAAGACGCAAGCGGUCAUGGGCAUGAUCGCAAUGUGCAUUUUCGGGUCCUGUGUGGUGCUGUUGGUGAUCAACAAGCUGAACCAACGGGCGGAUGCCUGA